AUGAGAAAGAAGGUUCUGCCACCCCCUCCUAUUCCUGAUGUCCACUGGUCCGAGAAUAUGACAUGGACCUUGCUGUCAGAGGUCGAGAAAGAUGAGAAUAGGCUUGUUUUGCUCAGGAAGUGGGACAAGAAGGAGUUACGAUUUGGCCGUCCUCCCUCCAUUCAGUUUCAACCACAGCCUUCUUGGGGCGGAUAUGAUUAUUUCAGAGCACACGCACCACACAUUGACCCUACGAUCUUCAAUCAGGUCUAUAGCAAAUUAUCUAGUGCCAACAUAACUCCCGUGGGUACAGGUAUCAAUGAGGCUCGUACAUGGCAUCGAUGGGUAUAUGGUGGUCUUUGUGCAAUCAAUGUGCUGACUUCCCAGGAAAUCGGAUAUGCCUCGGCCUACGAAGCAUACCGAGUCUGGAUCCAUAACAACGUGCUUUAUGAGCCUCUCUGCGCAGAAAUUGAGCGCCAACGAGAAGCAUAUAUAGGACUUGCCAUUGCAGAAGCCAUCAAGAUGUAUAUCAUCUCAGGCCUGGCUGAUGCGGACGGUUGUAUGCCAGCGUGCGAAGCUGCAGCAGCGACUGCAUCGCAUAUAUUCGAUGAAAAUCUGUCGGGUCCCGUCGGAGGUGAUGUAGGCGCAGGGAUGGGGUACAACAGUCGAAUGGAUGUUGGCACAUAUGGUUCGGGAUUCGGAACGCCCAGGAUGACAGGUUCUAGCGUGGGUGGUUGGGUUGACCCACAUGCCAUCGACUAUGAAGCCCCAUACUUUGGCCAGAGGAUUGAGAGACACAGGCGACUCUCGAUGCCAGCCCCAUCUGACGCUACAGGAGCAUAUAGCCCUAGAGCCGGAACUGUUAUGCGUGGAACUGUGGGCUCACCUUACUUGGGCACUUCGCCUGGUAUGGGCAUGGGGGUAAACCCUGCAAUAUAUGGUGCUAGGAGCUCUCGGGCGGGCGGGAAUGGAAUCACAGAGAUGCACGGAGGUGUUUACCCUACCUAUGGUAAUGGGUCUUCUGUCAUACAGCAACACCCCAAACGUGACAACGGUGUCAGCCCAUCCAGGCACGACGACUAUCAUUCAGUUGCCCAGAAGACGCCACAGGUCAUCUAG